CUUGCAUGCAAGAGUCGCAUUUACUACAGUGCUAUCUCAUUUCUCAGUCCACCCAUUUCCUUUGUUUGAUUUAUCUUCCUUUGAAAACGAAACGAAACAUUUUGAUACAUGUGUUACCAAAGAAUCGACAGCACAAACUGAACACUUCUGAGGGACACAGGAAGAGAGAAAAAGCCACAGUUUGUUGCUGCCAGUAAAGAUCUGAACUGAUAGUCUGAAUGUUUUUAAACUAUAUUCACCAUUUGGCUCCACCGCAGAGCAUCGUGCAACGUUCGUUGUUUGUGAAGUGUGAUGCGGCUGUCAGUCAAAAGGUCAGUUGUACUCCUGCUUAUGCUCUUUGGAGCUUGUUCUCUUUCUACUCUCUAUCAAGUGCUGACAUGCCCUGGAAAGGUUCCCAGAGCUCAUAUGGUGUCUAUACUGGUUCGAAACUUGAACCAGACACAGUACCGGUACAACCAUAACACACCGAUAGUGUUUGUGGGUGGCGUUCCACGGUCAGGGACCACCUUGAUGCGAGCCAUGCUAGAUGCCCACCCUGACAUCCGCUGCGGGGAGGAGACGCGGGUGAUCCCCAGGAUACUGUCUCUGCGACACGGCUGGGGGAGGCAGACGGAGGAGCGCUGGGCUCUGGAGGACGAGGGAGUCAGUCAAGAGAUGCUGGAUGCUGCGACUACAGCGUUUCUGCUGGAGAUUAUCGCACGGCAUGGAGAACCUGCACCACUGCUGUGCAAUAAAGACCCCUUUACACUGAAGAGUGCUACUUAUCUGUCACACAUUUUCCCCAACUCUAAAUUCCUGCUAAUGCUCAGAGACGGCCGAGCUUCUGUGCACUCUAUGAUCUCCAGACGAGUGACAAUCUCUGGCUUCAACCUGUCCAGUUACAGGAACUGUCUGACUAAAUGGAGCAAUGCAAUCGAAGUCAUGCUCUCCCAGUGUAUGGUGGUCGGCCGGAGUCGCUGUAUGACUGUCCGCUAUGAGGAUCUGGUGCUGCAGCCAAGAGCCAACAUGAAGCGUGUGCUACACUUUCUGAACUCACCUUGGCAUGAAGGAGUGCUUCAUCAUGAAGAGGCCAUCGGGCAGCCAGGAGGGGUAUCACUGUCUCGAACCGAACGCUCCACGGAUCAAGUGAUCAAACCAGUUAACCUGGAAGCCCUCACACGCUGGGUAGGCCACAUCCCAGCAGAUGUCCAGCAGGACAUGGACAGGAUUGCACCAAUGCUGAGCAGGCUGGGCUACAACCCCAAUGCCAAUCCACCAGAUUAUGGUCAACCAGAUCAGGAAGUGAUCAACAAUACUCAAAGGGUACUGCGAGGAGAUUUUAAAACUCCCACGAGCCUGAAAAGAUGGGCACAAGUAUCUCCAAAGUCAGUUUCUAAAGGAGGCAGAAACUGAAGAGAGUCCUACAUUGAUUGCAGUAUGUGCUUGUCAGCCUUGGAUAAUUCACCACCAUUUUGUGCCAUACACCGUGAAGGCCUUUCACAAGAUACUACAACCUAAAUAGGAAAUAAUAAGAGGCAUUGUUUUUAUGCAAUAGCUGUGGUUAACUUACAUGUGGUCUGAUUUUGACAUUGCCAUAGUCUAUUAUAAUAAUUAGGCAACUUAAUCCUAUUAGGCUACCAAAUGUUGCAAUGCAUGGAUCGCAUUGUUGCACUGAUGUCAAAGAAACAAUCCUCAGAUGGAAACAGGACAUAGAUUGACAGUUUUAUUUCCUGAUGCUCUCAGACGAGUAUUGUUUACUUUGUUUAUCGAAUAAAUUUUACCAUAUACCAAUUACACUUGACUUCCUGAACACUGUAGUUUUGUAUCUCUUGUUUUGGGAAAUGAGAAGAGUGUGACGUAGCGCUUAGUGUCGCACUGACUGUAUGCUGUUGCUAUGUGCCUGGGUGCAUUUUCUUGACCUAGAUACUAAACUGAGCCAUUCUUCUUUUCUUAGUGCCAAAACGCGAUGUUUUCUCUCGUUUUUAAAGUGAAUUCUUUCAAUAAAAAUAUUCA